AUGGACGAUAUAGCGGGGUUGAAGUGGACUUCGACCCCUGCCACCAACGCUCACAAACCAGCGCCGUUGACCUCGAACUAUUCAGCCUUCUCAUCUCUAAAGCCGACCCCUCCUACUUCGGGACGUGCCUCUCCACUCAACCAACCCUCCAGCCAACCGCCCUCGAAACCGGCCACACCUGCGAACGACAGCUUCGCGAAUCUCGUCGGGUUCAAUAGUUCCAGCAAUGCAAACAAGAAUCUGUCUUUACAGGAGCAGCAGAAGAGAUUGCUCGACUCAAAACUCAAAAAACAACAGGAAAAUGCUCAGAAAUUACAAAAUCAAUAUGCUGGAGGAGAUGAGCAGUUUUGGAACAAUCUAGGAAGCGGUAGAGGCACUCCGGCUCCUGAACGUCAAGCACAAUCCAGUGUCAAUCCUUCGAGGGGGAACGGAGUCAAUGAUGAGGAGGAUGACUUGUUCGCCGCCUUCAACAAGCCUGUAGCAGUGACAAAGGCACAAGCUGUAGUUCCGCCGCCCGAAGCAGCAACACAAAACAAUGUGGAGGACGACGACCCAUUUGAGCUAUCAGCAUUCUCUGGUCGGCGGACAGAUAAGGUGGAAGCGACGACGACCGUUGAUGACGACGAUGAUGUCCUGGGACUUCUUGGGAAGCCGGCGUCUGCACGACCGAAACCAUCCUCCCCACGCAGGCCAGUAAGAGAAGAGCCUACAAGUGGCCACCCCCAGGACAAGGCAGUGGCCGAACUAGUCGACAUGGGAUUUCCUGCUGAUAAGGCCAAACAAGCACUGGAGACAACAGAAUCUGGCGUGGAUGUCCAAGCUGCUGUUGGUUAUCUAUUAAACCAAGCACAUUCCGAAGCACAAGCAAAAUCUCGAUCUAGAAAUGCAAAUCGGCAGGAAGAGCCUCGCGAUCGGGGAGAAAGAGGGAGCAGCCACCAAGAUGCCCGGUCACAACCAUCUCGGCGACGGCCAGUGGAAGAAGAACAGACCCGCUCUCGAGAACGUGACCAAACUCGGGGCCAGGAAAAGGAUUUCGAGCAGAUGGCCUCUGAAUUAGGGAGCACCUUCCUCAAAACCGCCGGUUCGUUCUGGAAGCAAAGCACGAAACGUGUACAACAAGCGGUCCAAGAAUUCAACUCUGAUGGUGAGGCUAGUGGUGGUACACCCAAAUGGAUGAAAGAGGCUGAAAGACAGACUGCUCGUCCUCAACCUACGCAAACACAUCAAUUUGAGGACGAGUAUGCACAUAUGCGACUUCGGCACAGGCCCGCGGAGACAAACAAAGCACCACAAGCGACGGAUGAGGCUAUGAUGCUUGAAUCCUCCCGACCCACGCCCCCUCCAAGAGCAAGCAGAUCGACUCCUCAAGCAAGAGUUGGAUCGGAGUUAACACCAGAUCAUUCUCGUGACCACUCACCAGCAAUUCCGUCUCGACUGCGAGAACCAAGUCAGACGCAACAACCUGCUUUUCUCCGGCAACAAACCCAAUCACCGCCGCUAAAUCAACGGUCUACCUUAAGCAGACAUGCAGCCGAAGAACAAGCGGCACAAGCAUAUGUCAGUUCGGCGCGACGACGAAAACCUCAGGCACAGGCUCCUGCACCACCGCCAGCGGCACCAGAGGGCGACUUACUAGAUGGCGGGUUUAAAGACAAGUCUACACCACCACCACCGAGGUCUACUCCAGUAUCGAGCUCACAACAGCCACAACCCCAAACCGCGAGACGGACAGAAACACCUGUGAGACCACCAGCCCCACAACGCAACAUCCCUACUUUAUCUGCCAUAACCCUCAAGGCAGUCCACUCCCACCGGGAGAAAGGGAACGAGCACUUCAAACGCGGCGACUACUCCUCAGCGCACCAAUCCUACGGAACAUCCAUAACGCACCUACCCGACACGCAUCCGCUGAUCAUCGUUCUCCUGACAAAUCGCUCCUUAACAGCCUUGAAAGUAGGCGAGCCCAAGAACGCCAUCUCCGACGCCGACAAAGCGAUCGCCGUGAUCGGUAUCUCGAAAGGCGAGUCCGAAACCAUCGACUUCAGCAAUGGCGAUGCUCCAAAACCCAUGCGCGAGUACUACGGCAAAGCGUUGAUGCGCAAAGCCGAAGCCCUCGAGCAAAUGGAGAAAUGGUCGGAUGCGGCGUCCGUGUGGCGCGAGGCCGUCGAAGGCGGCCACGGCGGUGCAACAGCCAUCCAAGGACGCGCCCGAGCCGAGAAAGCAUCCAGGCCCAGCGCGGCAGCCACACGCCUGACACCCUCAUCAUCAGCGCCCAAACCACGCCAACCAACCGCCGGCCCGUCCUCAACAGCAAACAACCGCGCUGCAGCCGCCGCACAAAAGGCAUCCGCGCAGGCUCAAGCCGCCGCAGUGUCGAAGUUACGUGCCGCGAACGCAGCAGCCGACAAGGCGGACGACGAACGCUUCCAACUAGGUGACAGCGUGGACGCACGCAUUCAGGCGUGGAAAGGCGGCAAAGAAGCCAACCUACGUGCCUUGCUGGCAAGUCUCGAGAACGCGCUGUGGCCCGGCAGCGGGUGGAAGAAAAUCUCGCUGGCCGACUUGGUCCUACCUGGGAAGGUCAAGGUCCAGUAUAUGAAGGGGAUUGCCAAGGUGCAUCCGGAUAAGAUUCCGACCGAUGCGACGACCGAGCAGCGCAUGAUUGCGGGUGCGGUGUUCAGCGCGCUGAACGAUGCUUGGGAUAAAUUCAAGGCUGAGAAUGGAUUGUAG